UUAACUCUUUAGGCCCGCCGCUGACUGCAACUUUUUGUCACCGUGACUUAUUGUUACUGUCACCUGCUGUCACCCACGAUGCGCUCACUGAAACUGUUCUUGGGUGACAAAUCGCGUUCAUUUCUGCUAUGGACUUCAACGAGGUUGCCGUGAUUUGCGCUCUUGAAAUACAUAGAAGAAAAAUGAAACGGAAAAAACGCUACUGGGUGCACCCUUUAUACACGGAAAGAUUAUUCAAAGGAAAAUUCUACACUAUAUAUUCUGAAUUGCGUCAAUACCCACCAAAGUUUUUUAAUUAUUUUCGUAUGUCUAUAAACUCUUUCGAUGAGUUGCUGGCUUUGGUAGGUCCUGUGAUUACACAUCAAGAUACAAGAUUUCGGAAAGCUAUUCCAGCAGAAGAAAGGUUAACGGUAACUUUGAGGUAUUUAGCAAGUGGUGCAAGUUUCAAUGCAUUAUCUUUUGAAUACCUAAUUGGAGCCACAACACUUCGUAAUAUUGUAAAUUCAACGUGCCAAUCUAUAUGGGAAGCAUUGCAACCUCUGUACAUGGCAGAAAAAAAUGAAGAAGACUGGUAUAAAAUUGCUGAUCAGUUUUACGAGCGUACUAACUUUCCUAAUAUUAUCGGCGCCGUCGAUGGUAAACAUGUUAGAAUAACGAAUCCAAAGUACGGUGGAUCUGAUUAUUUUAAUUAUAAAAAAUAUUUCUCUAUGGUUUUGAUGGCAUGGGUAGACGCAGAUUAUAAAUUCAUCUACAUUGACGUCGGAUCACAAGGAAGCGCAAGCGACUCGACGAUUUUAAAAAAAUCGAAUACUGGCAGAAGGCUUCAAGGGAAUUUAUUAAAUAUUCCGAUUGGACGAAGUCUGCCUAAUGAUGAAAAUGGAAAAAUAAUGCCUUUUUGCAUUGUAGGUGAUGAAGCCUUUGGUUUGUCGAAAAAUAUCUUACGACCGUUUUCCAAGAGAGGACUUACAGUUGCUAAAAGAAUCUUUAACUAUAGACAUACACGAGCACGUCGAAUGGUGGAAUGCACUUUUGGAAUACUGUGUAAUAAAUGGAGAAUUCUACACAGACCUAUCGAUGUUAACGUAGAAUUUUGUGAUAAGAUUGUAAUGGCUUGCUGUAUAUUACAUAACUAUGUACGCGUUAAAGAUGGAAUUCAAUUCACAGAUACCGCGUACGAAUGUACGCUAAGCAAUACGUCAACAAAUCAGUGGCAUCGAAACAUGUCCUGUGUCAAUAUAAGAAAUUAUUUUACUUCUUAUUUUAUUUCACCACAAGGAUCCGUACCGUGGCAAUAUGAAAAAAUAUAACUAAAUAUGUAACUUAUGAUAACAAUAGUCACAAGUGCACACGCAUAAUUCAUUUAAAGGAGAUGUUUCAAAUCCGACCCACUACAUGUACAGUAAGGGUUGGACCACAUCUGGCAGCACGGAAUCGCCUUUUGGGCCAACCCUUAUCCAGAAAAAUCUAUGGAAUUCGGGAAAAAUAGAGAUCAUUUGCUUAAAUGCAUACUUUUCUUGUUAUAAUUUAUUAUUUAUUAAUAAGUUUUAUUGACUUUCAAUAUGGCGUCUCGCCAUUUUAUAUACUCUGUUACCAAAAAAUGACAACAAUCCAUGGAUUUGACAAUUAAGAAAAAUAAACACGUCAAAUGUCAUUAAUCAACCACCAUGACGGUAGCUUAGGCCCAUACUAUAGUACGGGCAUUUCGUCCGCCGUCCGGAGAUACUAUUUAAUAUAAAAGUUGUUUGCUGCAUACUAAACUGCGCGGUUUACCGCUGCGGUUUACAGGCGGGAGAAAUAUAAGGUGCUUUAAAAAUAUCUGCCACGGCUUCAACGGGAGAUAGUAUUGUGUAUGUAGACAACAAUAGUGAAGACCGGAAUAGUUAAAUUUAGACUGCGAGAUGAUCUCUUGCGAAUAAAUAAUCUCAAACUUGUACGCAAUUUCUACUGGUAAAAAAAAAUAUGAGACAUAUUAUGCUCAAUAAGUAAUAAUCUUUACUAAUGAUGUAUGCACGCAAUACUGUCUCCCAUUGCAGCCAUGGCAGAUAUUUUUAUAUCACCUUAUACAAUCGCCGCAUGCAGCGUCAAACCGCCACUUGAAACUAAAAGGACGGUUUUCCGCUUUUGAGUCAUUUUGCAAGGUUUACUGGAGGGUCCAUGAUGAAAUGAACUAUAUACAGCUAAGUACAAUCUGUAUAGUUUGAUGGUGUGUAGCAGCAUUGUCGAGCGGACAUUGGCGGUAGAACCGCCAGUAUAUGGUAUUAACCUUACAGCUAUGAUGGUUUUUUGAUGUGUAUUGCAAUCUCAUGUGUAUAUUUUUGUGUUUUAGAGCCAAAUAAAGCCAAAUUAAAUUAAUUGGAUCAUUGAAAAUUGUUUGAAAUAUUUUUUUUGGGCCGGGCUCCAUACAUUUUGAAACGUCUCCUUUCAGUCUUAUGUCAAUGUGGGUAAAUAAUAAUUCCGCAACGCUCUACUGAUACCUAUACCUAACCUAUGCAAGAACUAUAAUUGCCUAUCGCCCUAAUUUAAUGUAAUAAUUAUAAAUAAGUAUAAUAAACGCUAAUAAAAUUA